AUGGGCGCCCCCAUUGCCUACCCUCCGGCGGCGUACCCUCCCGGCGCCGGCGCCGGCGCCGCCUCCUACUCCCCGCAGCUCUACGCGCCGCCCGCUGCCGCGGCGGCCCAGCAGGCGGCCGCCGCGCAGCAGCAGCAGCUGCAGAUGUUCUGGGCGGAGCAGUACCGCGAGAUCGAGGCCACCACCGACUUCAAGAACCACAACCUCCCGCUCGCCCGCAUCAAGAAGAUCAUGAAGGCCGACGAGGACGUCCGCAUGAUCGCCGCCGAGGCCCCCGUCGUGUUCGCCCGGGCCUGCGAGAUGUUCAUCCUCGAGCUCACCCACCGCGGCUGGGCGCACGCCGAGGAGAACAAGCGCCGCACGCUCCAGAAGUCCGACAUUGCCGCUGCCAUCGCCCGCACCGAGGUGUUCGACUUCCUCGUGGACAUCGUUCCGCGCGACGACGCAAAGGACGCCGACGCGGCGGCCGCCGCAGCUGCUGCGGCUGCCGCUGCCGGGAUCCCGCGUCCUGCCGCGGGAGUACCGGCCACCGACCCCCUCGCCUACUACUAUGUGCCUCAGCAGUAA